CUCGUUUCAAACCAUCUGUUGACUUAUAAGCGUCUGCCAGGUUCCUUGUGAUUUCCGUCCACCUCAGUGUUCAUCAGCACCAUGAAGGCAGUUGUGGUCCUAACCAUCUCUGUGUGGACUGCCUUUGCAAUUGACUUCCCUCUUCCUGUGGCCCCCAAAGGAGAAAACUUCGAAGAGACAAAGGCCCAGUGUUCCAACAACAUUUAUAAGUGCUGGAUUCUCCCCUACUUUAAGCCAAGUGAACCCAUAUGCGGCAGUGACCACGUUACCUACAGCGGCGAAUGCCAUCUCUGCUCCAAAAUUCUAUAUGAAGGGUUUAACAUCACUAAGCAACAUGACGGAUCAUGUAAAAACUCCUGAACUUACUAAGUCUUCAGAUGACCAAAUGAAGUACAAUGGUUAACUCUUCAAGAAUAUCCUCUUUUGAAGAGAAUUCUCACACUUGAGGAAACUAGU